CGAAAGCGGAAGAAGAAUGGUACUCGAAACAUCUCCUUCGGCACACCGAGGUCCCGCAGUCGGCUUUAUCAACUACUCUUUGACCGAAGAUAAACUUGACCCACGAGAGCCUUAUUAUUCGUACACAUACUCUCCCAACAACGAAGGGAAACCACAAACGAACGGCCGUCAUGAGGCUACCAAAGUUGUAGUCAACGACAUCAGAGACCAGCCUGAACUCACUCUAGACACUGCCGGUUUCCAGCACGUCCAAGCAUCCACCGCGUUGCAGCAAGAAGAGUUUGAGAGCUUCGAAACGGUCACUGACGAGACAGGGUCUGAGGAUGCUGCAAAGAUGGCCUUGGAGAGAUAUUACGCCGAGAUUGAAGACAUCUUGCGACGAACGAUUCCAAACGUGAAAAGCGUUGUCACUUACAACCAACGAACCCGCCUGCACGAACCCAAGACUGGAAUCGACGGAUACGAUUUCACCGCUCCAAAGAACUACCCAGUGCUCCGACCGCAUAUCGAUGUGGCGCCAGAGACUGGGGAACAACUCGUAGAGUCUUUUGUUGGUGCUGGACAGAAAGCUUUGAUCAUCAAUGUCUGGCGACCCAUCCGCGGUGUGGUACUCGAUGCCCCUUUGGCAGUCACUGACGUCCGCUCCCUCCCUAAAGAAGCUAUCAUUCCCCACCGCGUUUUGUACCGUGACAGGGCCUCCGCCUCCUACGCCAUCAUCCACAAGCCCAGCAUCAAAUGGUACUUCAUCUCGGCCCAAACUUCCUCUGAUGUCUUGCUCUUCAAACAAUACGACUCCGAGCAGCCAGAGCAUGUCGUAGCGCAUACGGCGUUUUCAGAUGCCAGGUUUGAUGGUAAAGAAGGGGUGGAGCCGAGGUUUAGUAUUGAGACGAGGUCUGUCGUUAUUUUGGAAUAG